UAUAUAUAUGUGAUGAAGGUUUAAGCAGGUCACUGUGUGUAGCGGGAGCGCUUCAGCUUUACUUCAGGACUCACGAGAACGAGCAGAGGCAGAACCCAUCAAGAUGUGUGACGAUGAUGAGACCACAGCUUUGGUGUGCGACAACGGAUCAGGCCUGGUCAAGGCUGGUUUCGCCGGAGAUGACGCCCCUAGAGCCGUCUUCCCAUCCAUUGUCGGCCGCCCGCGUCACCAGGGUGUGAUGGUUGGUAUGGGUCAGAAAGACUCCUACGUUGGAGACGAGGCUCAGAGCAAGAGAGGUAUCCUGACCCUGAAGUACCCCAUCGAGCAUGGCAUCAUCACCAACUGGGACGACAUGGAGAAGAUCUGGCACCACACCUUCUACAAUGAGCUGCGCGUGGCCCCUGAGGAGCACCCAACACUGCUCACAGAGGCCCCACUCAACCCCAAGGCUAACCGCGAGAAGAUGACCCAGAUCAUGUUUGAGACCUUCAACGUCCCCGCUAUGUAUGUGGCCAUCCAGGCUGUCCUGUCCCUCUACGCCUCUGGCCGUACCACCGGUAUUGUGCUAGACUCUGGUGAUGGUGUGACCCACAAUGUGCCUAUCUAUGAGGGUUACGCUCUUCCUCAUGCCAUCAUGCGUUUGGACUUGGCUGGUCGUGAUCUGACAGACUACCUGAUGAAGAUCCUGACUGAGCGUGGAUACUCUUUCGUCACAACUGCUGAGCGUGAGAUUGUCCGUGACAUCAAGGAGAAGCUGUGCUAUGUUGCCCUGGACUUUGAGAAUGAGAUGGCCACAGCCGCCUCCUCAUCCUCCCUCGAAAAGAGCUACGAGCUUCCUGACGGUCAGGUCAUCACCAUUGGUAAUGAGCGUUUCCGUUGCCCUGAGACCCUCUUCCAGCCUUCCUUCAUUGGUAUGGAGUCUGCUGGCAUUCACGAGACCACUUACAACAGCAUCAUGAAGUGCGACAUUGACAUCAGAAAGGACCUUUACGCCAACAAUGUACUCUCCGGUGGUACCACGAUGUACCCUGGUAUUGCUGACCGCAUGCAGAAGGAAAUCACAGCUUUGGCUCCAAGCACAAUGAAGAUUAAGAUCAUUGCUCCCCCUGAGCGCAAAUACUCAGUCUGGAUCGGCGGGUCCAUCCUGGCUUCUCUGUCCACUUUCCAGCAGAUGUGGAUCACCAAGCAGGAAUACGACGAGGCCGGCCCUAGCAUCGUGCACCGCAAAUGCUUCUAAUCACACGAUUCAACAUCCUAUCAUUGCCUCCUGCUCAGGAAUUAAUCAUCGAUUCCUUGCUCCUGUGGACAGAUUUACUACAGCGAUGACAUAGGGGCGAGCUUUAAAAGCAUAAACUGAAAAAAAGACACUAGCAUCAAGGGACAGCAGAAAUACCAAGCGCUCUCAUUGCACACAACUGUAUUUAUUACUGACUUCCAUGGCUUGGUAUUUUGGUGGAUGCUGUUUAAAAGAAACGACAAGGACUCCAGCUCCCUAAUAGAUUCCAGUGCCAUACGUUCCACUGUACACUGAUGACCAACACUAAUCUCACUUCAACAGACAAAUAAAACUGAACAUGUAUUUUUAAA